CCCAGCCCCGAUAAUGCCAUCUAAUAAAUCUGUCUCGGACGCACCGAUCUUCCAGUUUACAAACUGCCGUAUCCUGAGGAAUCACGAGCUGCAAAGGGAGGACCUGUGGGUGCGAGAAGGGAAGAUCCUCAACCCGGAGAAGCUCUUCUUUGACGAGAAGGGCUCUGCCGACAUCCAGCUGGACUGCAAGGACAGCAUCAUUGCCCCUGGUUUCAUAGAUGUGCAGAUCAAUGGAGGCUUUGGGGUUGACUUCUCCCUGGCUACCGAUGACUUCAAAUCAGGGAUCGACCUGGUCAGUCAGAAAAUCCUCUCCCAUGGAGUGACCUCCUUCUGCCCCACGCUGGUGACUUCUCCCCCAUCUGUGUACCACCAGAUCCUCCCUCAGAUCAGUGUAAGAAACGGUGGAGCCCAUGGAGCAGGUGUUCUGGGGGUCCAUCUGGAAGGACCGUUCAUCAGCAAGGAGAAGAAGGGGGCACACCCGGAGCGCUGCCUCCGCACCUUCGAGGCCGGCGCCUUCCAGGACCUGCUUGCCACCUACGGGAGCCUCGACUGUGUCCGCAUAGUCACGCUGGCCCCGGAGAUGCAGAGGAGCAGCGAGGUGAUUCGUGAGCUCACCCGGCGGGGCAUCCGCGUCUCACUUGGUCACUCGGUGGCUAAUCUCUCGCAGGCAGAGGAGGCCGUGCAGCAGGGCGCUACCUUCAUCACUCACCUCUUCAACGCCAUGCUGCCGGUGAGUGGCCGAGGGCCCCUGCCCUCUGCUUGUGCUGCUUUCGGUGCCUUCUCUCUCACUCCCCAUGGGUGCUACACCAACCCGGCUGCCCUGCGCAUUGCCCACCGAGCGCAUCCCAAAGGCCUGGUGCUGGUGACGGACGCGAUCGCUGGCAUGGGGCUGGCACCCGGGCGGCACACGCUGGGCCAGCAGGUGGUGGAGAUUGACGGGCUCAACACCUACAUUGCAGGCACGAAGACCCUGAGUGGCAGCGUAGCGACCAUGGACACGUGUGUGCGGCACUUCCUCGAAGCCACAGGGUGCUCCGUAGAGACCGCCUUGGAGGCAGCAUCUCUCCAUCCCGCCCAGCUCCUGGGGAUUGAACAUGAAAAGGGAACCCUGAAUUAUGACUCCGAUGCAGAUUUCCUGAUGCUCAGCGACAGUCUGUACGUGCAAGCCACGUACAUCGCAGGCGAGCGGGUCUGGCGCCGGGACGCGUCGGGCAUGUGA